AUGGCCCAACGUGCUCGGCUGGCAUCGGCGUCGGUGCUGGACGUCGACGACAUCCUCGUCGCCGUUGUACAGUACUCGGCCUCGCCCAAGGACGUAGUAGCGCUCGUGCGCGCGAUGCCACUGUCCGUGAGGACGCCAGUGCUCGCAGCCCUCCUCAGCCUCUUGACGCUGCCGCGCGGUGCCAAGCACUGGCCGCAACCGCACCUCAACAGCACCACGAUCGCCGAGAUCGACUGCAUCAGCGCGGCCAUGCCCGUCUUCAACAGCGUGUGCAUCGACGGCGUGUGCUGUAGCACCCAGUGGCCCGCGAGCGACGACCCCGCGUUUCGCCUGCCCUACUGCAAGUUUGUCGUAGCGCACGCGGCCAAGAUGACGAUGGUCGUUCCGGCGCACCGCGAGGAGCUUUGCCGCAUGCUCGCGCGUUGCACGAGCCUCCGACGCGUGCGCAUCCCGGCCGAGCCAGACCUCCUCGAAGCCGUGACGUCUCUUGCCCACUGCGUCGCGGACCUCGACCUCUCGCCGUGCUCGAGCGCUGGCUCGCCUCUGGCCAUGCCUGUCACGUAA